GGUGAGAGAAGAGCGUGGAGGCCUCGUGGGUCGUCCUGGAGGCGGGUCCCAGCCAGAUGUGCUCAGCUGCCACGCCCUCGCUGGUGCACCGGAGCGCUUCACCCAGCAGAGGAUCUCGCCAGGGCGCCCCCAGCCACUCACAGCUCCAAACGUUCCCCAGCUCUCCAGCUCUGCGCGGGCUGCCACAGAGCCUGCCAGCUGCGCGCAAAACCAAGGUCCUGACCAGCAAAGCAGAGAAUAGGCGGUGGCCCCUCUGUUUCCUAGGUCCUGAGGGGCUCAGGACAAGAAAGGAGCCCACCCCCUGCCAGUAUGCAACCGCCCUGGGGCCUGGCGCUUCCUCUGCUGCUCCCCUGGGUGACAGGUGGAGUAGGGACCAGUCCAUGGGAUACUGGGUUGCCAGCACUGGCACACCAGCCUGGGGUCUGUCAGUACGGAACUAAGAUGGCCUGCUGCUAUGGCUGGAAAAGGAACAACAGGGGAGUAUGCGAAGCUAUGUGUGAGCCCGGGUGCAAGUUCGGUGAGUGUGUGGGACCGAAUAAAUGUAGAUGCUUUCCAGGAUACACCGGGAAGACCUGCAGUCAAGAUGUGAAUGAGUGUGGAGUCAAACCCCGGCCAUGCCAGCACAGAUGUGUGAAUACACAUGGUAGCUACAAAUGCUUUUGCCUCAGCGGCCACAUGCUUCUACCAGAUGCUACAUGUUCAAACUCCAGGACGUGUGCCAGAAUAAACUGCCAGUACGGCUGUGAAGACACAGAGGAGGGACCACGGUGUGUGUGUCCAUCCUCUGGCCUCCGCCUGGGCCCAAAUGGAAGAGUAUGCCUAGAUAUCGAUGAAUGUGCGUCUAGCAAAGCAGUCUGCCCUUCCAAUCGAAGAUGCGUGAAUACAUUUGGAAGCUACUACUGCAAAUGUCACAUUGGUUUUGAACUGAAAUAUAUCGGUCGCCGAUAUGAUUGUGUAGAUAUAAAUGAGUGUGCUCUGAAUACCCAUACGUGCAGCCCCCAUGCCAAUUGCCUCAAUACCCGAGGAUCCUUCAAGUGCAAAUGCAAGCAGGGAUAUAAGGGCAAUGGUCUGCAGUGUUCUGUGAUCCCUGAACAUUCUGUGAAGGAAAUACUCACAGCACGUGGGGCCAUCAAAGACCGAAUCAAGAAGUUACUGGCUCACAAGCGCACUAUGAAGAAAAAGGUGAAACUAAAAAUGGUCACCCCAAGACCCGCCAGUACACAUGCCCCUAAGGUCAACUUGCCUUACAGCUCUGAGGAGGGUGUUUCCAGGGGCAGAAACUAUGAUGGAGAACAAAAAAAGAAGGAAGAGGGAAAGAGAGAGAGACUUAAAGAAGAGAAAGGAGAGAAAACCCUGAGGAACGAGGUGGAACAGGAGCGAACUCUCCGAGGGGAUGUAUUCUCCCCUAAGGUAAAUGAAGCAGAGGAUUUGGAUCUGGUCUACGUCCAAAGAAAAGAGCUAAAUUCCAAAGUGAAGCACAAAGACUUAAACAUCUCAGUUGACUGCAGCUUUGAUCUUGGGGUCUGUGAUUGGAAACAGGAUAGAGAAGACGAUUUUGACUGGCAUCCUGCUGAUCGAGACAAUGAUGUUGGUUACUAUAUGGCAGUCCCUGCACUGGCAGGGCACAAGAAGAAUAUUGGCCGAUUGAAACUUCUCCUUCCCAACUUGACACCCCAAAGCGACUUCUGUUUGCUCUUUGAUUACCGGCUGGCUGGGGACAAAGUAGGAAAACUUCGAGUGUUCGUGAAAAAUAGCAAGAAUGCCCUGGCAUGGGAAGAGACUAAAAAUGAGGAUGGAAGGUGGAGGACAGGAAAAAUCCAGUUGUACCAAGGGGUCGAUACUACCAAAAGUGUCAUUUUUGAAGCAGAGCGUGGCAAAGGCAAAACUGGAGAGAUUGCAGUGGAUGGAGUCUUGCUGGUGUCAGGCUUGUGUCCAGAUGACUUUUUAUCUGUAGACGGUUGACUGUCACUGUCCUCCUUUGUAGCUUCAUAUGUGGCUUUUAAAAUGUCAUUUCUCUAGGAUAUCUUUUUAUAUCACAGCCUAGGACUCUUCCAUCUUAUAAUUACAAGCUGACAGUGUACAAUGUUCCAACAGAAAUAUUAUCAUAAGAUGCCUUUUUUGUAUCAAAUGUACUAAGACUUGCCUAUAUAUAGUGCCACUGUGCCUUCUCAUUUGUUUCUGAAUUUUCCACAUUUUAUCACAAAAUGUAGAAAUGCUAGCUCAUCUCCCCCUGCCCUGUACAUCUGCUCUUCCUACAUAAGUUGAUGAACUUUCCUAUGUAACAACAUAGAAUAACAACAACAGAAAAUGAUAAGUACAGCUAAAUGGUUAAUUGUUGGGGCUGGGAAAAUGGCCCAGUGGUUAAAAGUGUUCAUUUCUCUCUCGAGGACCCAGGAUCAAUUUCCAGCAUCCACAUGGCAGCUUACAACCAUCUGGAACUCCAGUUCCAGAGAAUCCAAUGCCCUUCUGGCCUUUG